AUGAUAACCUUGCACAGGGCAUCAACAAAGGUUGGUGCCAGAACAUUGUGGGUGCGACCGCGGCAUCAACACAUCCACCAUCGCAAGUCAACCAACUCAUCCACGUCGAAACAGUCGAAGCCUGUCAGCGAAAGCCAACUUCCUCCCCAUAAUCCAAACGAAGUGAUAAUCGAGAGCACCAAGGCGGACCCAGUUGACAUCCCUAUCCCGCUAUGGUAUCACCGACUCGGUCCGGUGUCGACCUUCUUCAAUUGGUUUCACCGCAGUCAGAUGAAGAGACCGUACACGGUGCAGCUCUGUACUUCGUUGACCACGUAUCUGUGUGGUGACCUAGCGGCUCAAGAGAUUGGAGGUGAAUCAUACGAUGGAACCAGGACGCUGCGAAUGCUUACGAUAGGAGCAAUUGCGAGCAUUCCUGGAUACAAAUGGUUUCUGUUCCUCGGGCGCAAUUUCAACUUUCGGUCAACGAUAGCAUCGAUUGCGACCAAGGUCGCUGUGAACCAGGCAGUUUUCACGCCCAUCUUCAACACGUAUUUCUUCGCAAUGCAGGCUUUCCUGACGGGCGAAACGGUCCACGGCGCCAUCGCCAGAGUGCAAGCAACGGUGCCCACGAGCAUCGUCAAUUCCUUGAAGCUCUGGCCCGCGGUCACCGCAUUCAGUUUUUACUUCAUUGCGCCGAACUACAGAUUCAUGUUUAGUGGAAUAUUUGCGAUCGCAUGGCAGACGUAUCUCAGCUUCUUGAACAGAAAAGAGGAAAAAAUUGAGCUGGCUACGGAUUCGCUGGCUCGGCCGGCCGUGGCCGAGAGUCUCAAAGCGAGCUGA